UGGGCCCUGCUGCUCCCACCCCAGCGCGGCGCCCGGCGUGCAGCAGACGCUAGACGAGAUGGACUUCGAGAGGGGUCGGGAAGCAGGCAAUGGCUUCGGUAACUUUCCCCAGUGGUGCGGCGGGAUCCGACUCCCCACCUGGUGCCACCCCGGGACACCCAGGCCUGCUCCGGGGUCUGAGAGGGGUCGGGCGGCAGAGUCUGCUUCCAGGGCACUGCACCCAGCCGGAGGGAAUCUGGUCGGCAGCCCUGAACGGAGACCUGGGCCGAGUGAAGUAUCUAAUCCAAAAGGCAGCGGACCCCAGCCAGCCUGACUCCGCAGGCUACACGGCUCUACACUAUGCCAGCCGCAAUGGGCACUAUGCCGUGUGCCAGUUCCUACUGGAGAGUGGGGCCAAGUGUGAUGCCCAGACCCACGGGGGAGCCACCGCCCUGCAUCGCGCCAGCUACUGCGGGCACACGGACAUUGCCCGGCUCCUGCUCUCACACGGCUCCAACCCCAGGCUGGUGGACGCCGACGGCAUGACCAGUCUGCACAAGGCCGCCGAGAAGGGUCACGUGGACAUCUGCUCCCUCCUGCUGCAGCACAGCCCGGCCCUGAAGGCUGUUCGGGACCGGAAGGCCCGGCUCGCCUGCGACCUGCUGCCUGGCAACAGCGACCUGCGGGACCUGCUGGCCGGCUGAGUCGCCGCCCAGUCUCAGACAGCGCCCGAGGACUCAGACUGGCUCUCCCAGCCCCCACCUGGACAGCACCCGAGCCGCAGGGUGAGCGCCUGAGGCCAAAGGAGCCCGGCAGAGCCUCGUUCUGGCCCGGCAAAGCAAGGGGACUCAGAUUGCGGGGCGCCAGGGUGGCCGCCUGGACAGAUGAUUGUAUUCUAAAUUAGCUCAUGUGGGAACAUCUAUCCGUUUAAAAAAAAUAAAGUCAUAGCCUUACCUCAUCCCCUGCACAAAAAUAAAUUUGGAGUUAAGACCCAAAUCUGAAAAUAUAAAACUCUGUAAGCAUGAGAAGCAGCUUUGGAAUACGUGACACAUGAAAAGCUGCUUUCGAGUGACGUGGGGUCCAUGUGUGGAUGAGACGAGUGGAGAUCUGAGGAGCACUGAGGGGGCGCCCAGAGCCGUGCAGACAGCAUUUGAGCUCCCACCUCCCCAAAACCUGACCCACACCUGCAUCUCUACCAUAAUUUCAUUCAUGUUAACUGUCCGAGAGACAAGGUGCUAUUGCUUUGUUUUAUGUUGCAUUCACUGCUGAUUACUAGUGAGGUUGACUGCCUGUCUUCUGUGACCUUGUUCAAAUUUAAAAUUUUUAAUUUUUAAAAUUGUUUUCUUUUUUCAUAGGAGUCGUUUAUGUACUUUGGAUAUUGAUCCUUUGUUUUGUGUAUAUAUCUAUAUGUAUCUUUUUCAUGCUGUCUCUUGUCUUAACUGUGUGUGUUGUUACCUGUUUAUGAAAAUUGGUACAGUGGAUAGCAGUUUGGCAAUAUCUACUAAAAUUUAAGUGAGCAAGACCAAUACUUCUAAUUUCUCUGUAGCUCCCUAGAGAAAUAUCCAUGGAUACAAAGUUA